UGCUUUUGCUUCUCUAAGUGAUUAUCCAUCAAAACAAACCAUGCCUCAAGAGGUAGUUACUCAUUAUUCUCAGCUUUGAUUCCCAACCUCAGAAGGGAAGACAUAGUCUUCUCCCUAUUGUCUAUUUGUCUUUGCUUCUGGUUUUCCUUUCAACAUGGUCCAAAGAAAGGAACAAAACAAGCUUGCAAUCCAGGCAGAUCCUAAUGUUAAGUUCGAGAAGAGGUUCACAACUUCUCAGUUCCAAGAUGGCAAAAAUAGAGGAGGAGCUGAUUUGAAGAAGAAGAAAAAGAUGAAAAAGUCAAGAUCAACCAAGCUUUCAGAUAUUGAAAGGUUGAGAUCACCAUCACCAUCUUCAUCACUACCUUUGCAAAAGAGCAUGUCCCAGCCCGAAAAACCACUGCCUCUCAAUGUUCAAAGCAUAGCAGCUGCAGCGGCAGUCCCUCUGAAGCAGAGUCUGAUCAAAACAAGUGUUGGCUCAGCACCAAACUAUAUGAAGUCCACCAGCUGUUUUGAUGCAAGGAAGGAGCAGUCAAAGGUUAGUGUUCGAAAUUCUCGGGUUAGUUCAGAUAGUAAGAGUCAAAACCGAAGAAAUUUGAGCAUCUCUAUCAAUAUACCAGCUAGGACAUCUAGUCUGAAGCUGGUGAGAACUCGAAUAAAGUCCCCUAGUUUUAAGCCUGCAAGAGCUUCAGCCAAAAAAAACUCCAGGGUUGCUCUUUGUGAAGAUUUGAAUAUUCAGAAACCAACUUGUUCUUCAACACUGAAGGACUCCAAGUUCCCUAAUUAUCUGAUGAUCACUCCUGGAGGAACAGAAGCUGAGGGAACUUCAGUGAUGAAGGUUUGCCCCUAUACUUACUGCUCUCUCAAUGGACAUCACCAUCUACCAGUGACUCCACUAAAGUCUUUCUUGUCGGCAAGAAGACGGUCUUUGAAGAACCAGAAGAUGGUGAAAUUGCAAGCUUUAAGUCCUCGUAAAGUAAAGCCAUCUGAUAAGGGAGUCGAGGAAAAUGAUUUCAAGAAAAUGUUUUUUGAUGUCAAUGAGAAACCUGCUCAACAAGAAGUGGGGAUUGACUACUUUGUUGAAAUAUUUACUAAAAGCAAGGAAGAUAAUGAUCAACCAAUUGUGGCAAAUGUACCUGAAACAGAAGUCAUAGAUAGCUUUCCCAGGAAGGAGCAAAAAGAAGAUGUGGCAGAUGAAGAAUACCAACAUUCUUUGGAUCAGGAAGAACCUGCCAUGAGAAGCUGUUUGGGGGAGAGUGAAUCGGAUGGACUUUCGAGCAUCGAAGUGGAUUAUGCCAAUUCUGAAACAACUGACAUGGAGUGGGAGGAAGGGCAAUUAUCCCUUGCAGUGCUGGAUGAUGAUGAUGAAGAAUCUGGUUCAAAUACAGGGUUUUUAUCCAUUCAAGAUGCUGACAUGCAUGAAGAACCUGUGAUCAAGUCUGAUGCUAUUGUCAAUAACUGCAAUGACAUAAUCCAUGAUUGCUGUCAAGUCCUGCAAGAACUUUUCAAAGAGAUAAAUCCAUCUGCUGAAGUUCAACAAAAAAAUGAUGGCGGCACAAAGAAGAAUUCCGACAUUGAGGGUUCUGAGAGAAUGAGCUACGACCAAGUUUCUUACACUGAGGAUUCAUUUGAAGAAGACAAUGAGCUGUCAGAGACAGAAAUAGAGGUAUCUUCAUGUGUAAUAGAGGAUCCAAUUGAGGACCUAAGAGCAACUGGUGAGGAAAUUCAAGAGAAACCUGAAGUAGUGUGUGAAGCAAAAAAUCGUGAAAUGGAGUCCCAUCUUGGAGACGUUGUAAGCCACUGCACUGCUGCUUGUGAGAAGGAUGAAGCUUCAGCUAGUCAACCAAGGAAUGAAUGUCAAGAUGAUAGAACUAUGUCAACAAGCAACGAAAUUUCUAAUGCCUCUCAGGAUAUCACCACAACAUAUGAAGCCGAAACAGAUCAAAAUGAUCAAAUUGAAGAAGCACAGAAAGUUGAUUCAGCAAACAGUACUGUGGUUGUGCAUGAUGAAGAUGAUAAUAAGAGUAGUGAUAAUGCAGACACUGCUGAAGAUUGUAACUCAGGCCAAGAAACCACUUUUGUUGACAGUAAAGAUAACUUGGCUAAUGGGGAGUACAUGAAUAAUGCUGAAGUGGAGAAUCAUAGCACGGAUGAGGAUGACAGUGAAUUUAAGAAGGAAAAGAUCUCUAGUUCCACUGAAGGUGAGGAACAGAGUGAUCUGAAGCUGAAGCAAAUAGGCCUGGCAGAAAACAACAUCGGAGAGAUUGAUAGAACGGAAGUGGACAACAUUUCAGAGCCAAAUGCCGCAGAAACUUUCCUCAUGGCCACUAAUAGCACCAGUCCAGGGAUGAAGAGGAAGUAUUCCCAUCAAGAAAUCAAUUCUGAUGAAGAACUGCUAAACCGGAAAUGGAAAAUCAACUGCAAGAGAACUAUAAAGGAGGAGGAGGAGGAGCUAUGGAAAUACACUCAAAGAGAACCCAAUUACCUGCCAUUGGUUCCUGGUCCUGUAGCAGAGAAGGUUGACUUGAGGCAUCAGAUGUUGGAUGAAAAGAAAAAUGCAGAGGAAUGGAUGCUCGACUUUGCAAUCCAGCAAGCUGUAACCAAACUAGCUCCAGCUAGGAAGAAGAAGGUGGCAUUGCUUGUUGAAGCUUUUGAAAAAGUAAUGCCAGUGCCGAAAUACGAAACCCGACUGAAGCAUUCUUCAGCAGCCUUCAGUCAUGCAAGACCUAUGCAAGCUUGUAGCUGAUCGAAUCACUGAGGACGAACUGUCAGAGUGCUACAUCUUCAAUGAAUCAAUGAAGUAGGAGGUAUCUACAGGUCCAACACUUCAUGAAGUGAUGACAUUCUACAUUUGGGAUCAAAUCUGAGAUGUGGUUAUUGUAGUAGUAUUGCUUGCAUAAUAAU